GGAGGAGGAGGAGGAGGAGGAGGAGGUGGUGUACGAGGCCGAAGGCAGGCUGGAGGAGUUCCUAGCCUAUGAUGUAAAGGAGAUGGACGACGAGGGGGCGGAUCAGAGGAAGGCCUGCUACCACGCGGCUGCACUGGACCCCGCCACUGGGAGGGGUGGGGGUGGAGGAGGUGCAGGAGGAGGACGUGGAGGAGGAGGAGGAGGAGGAGGAGGAGGAGGAGGAGGAGGGGUGCCUCCUGUUUCUCCCCAUGCCUGCAUCAAGGACGCCGUGGCAGGGGAGGUUUUUGAUGUGGCCUGGCGGCUGGCAAUGCGCGCCUUCCAGGGGCUCCUGCGAAAGCACUGGGAGAGGGAGCUUGGAGGUGGAGGAGGGAUGCUGCUCGCGGCAGAGAGAGGGGGCCAGGGUUUGAGCGAACCGUCCUCGCAGGUCAACACCAAAGGCCAACGCCUGGCAUCCUCAAGGGGUUCCAAUGCCAAACUGUCCCUGGGGUCCAGCUUCAACCCCACACAAGACUCAAGUGCCUUCAGAAUUAAUUUAAGUGGUGUUAUGACGAUCCAGGCAAAGCCACUCCAGCAAAGAGCACAAGGAUUGUCAGAGAAGUCUCUCUGUGACUCCGAUGACAGAGCCGGUAUGGUGGCGUGUGACCGGACUCAGGCUCUGAAGUCCCUGUGCGCGCUCUCACACAAACCCCCGGGUCAGCGGCGCCUACCCAGACUCAGUGGCAGGGCCAGGCUGCUGCCCAGCAACCACCCCCUCUACGGCAACCACCCCCUCUAUGGCAACCACCCCCUCUACGGCAACCAGGUCCUGCAUGGCACCAAGCUAUGCACAGUGAGUGAGGGGCUGCCUUCACCGCCUGUCAGCGCAGCCUUGAGUCACCGCCUUCCUCAUCUCACCCCAGACGUCCCUGAGCAGGACACCUCUUUGACACACCCUCCCCGAUAUGCGCAGCCCAGAUGGAGGCUCUUGCGUGGGGGCUUGUCCAGUGCGGUUCACCCCCGCUCCAGUCUCCCUCCUCUAAGGGAGCCCAGUGUGACUCUGGAGCCUCUGGCCAGGCCUAACACCACCCAUACAAUCUGGUCGGACAUACCAAUGAAGAGUAGCUUCUCACCCGCGGAUUUUGCCUGCAGCUUGAAGCCGGCCGCACGCGUGACGCUCCCAGGGUUCCCUGGUGACUGGUCCCGGAUGGGCGUCACAGGCUUCAGUUUGGGCAUCACCUCCUCCAUGGCCAGCAGCUUCUCUGGGUGUGCCACGCCUCCCAGACGAAGAAGGCCAUACAUGUCUUCCUCAGCAGAGGUAGAGGGUGGCAAUGAAGCUCUCAUCAUGGGGGUGCAGUGUCAGCGCAAAGCGCUCGGCAGACUUCCAGGAAACGGGAGGAGGAAGUUCCAGGUGGUGAUGCCGUAGCACCGACAGGUGUGUGUGUGUGUGUGUGUGUGUGUGUGUGUGUGUGUGUGUGUGGGUGUGUGUGUGCGCGCGUGUGUGUGUGUGUGUGUGUGGAUCCUGUUUUACCACAGAACACAGACAGCCCUGACAAAACAUGGGGGAAACAGUCAUUCAAUGAACACUAAUGCAAGGAGUGGUGUGAGUGUUGACAUGUUCGUAUUCACUGUGAAGUCGCUGACGUAUAGUAAGUGAAUGGGUGGCUUUCACUGUAACUCUGACCCUGUUUACACUUGACUUCAAAAUGUGCCCUAAGCGAUCAGGCCACGAGUUGACAGAACUAAAUACAAGUGGAAACGACCACCAACACCAAAUGUGAUCCAAUCACUCAAAAACCACAGACAUCAUUUGACCACGUGUCUUUUGUAGUGUAAACGUUAACGUGUCCUGACGCAUCCCCGACAAGGGCGUAACAGAUUGACGUGUCGUAGGCAGGAACAAAAUCUGAACUCAAGUGGUCAGCUGGACACCUUGGAGACGUAUGAUAGACUCAGGCGAUGUGUCUCGGCCCAAGACGCAUUUUAAAACCAGGUGUCAAACAGGGUCAGAGAGAUGUCUGUAAAGAUCUAAAACUAAACCAAAUACACAAAGUCAUAAUUAUAUUUCAAAUAAGAACAGAAGCAGAAAUGCAGAAGCAGAAAUGUGUGGUGCUGGUCAUUUGUUUAUCAUCUUCCUGCAUGCCCCUGUAUGUGAGCUGUUUCUCAUGACUGACAAGGGGGUGGAACAGCAGGUGUAUUUCUGUAUAGGCAGGCAUUGAUUGUUAUAGAGAGCAUGUUCCUGUAUGUGUAGGUGUAUUUCUGUAUAGGCAGGCAUUGAUUGUUAUAGAGAGCAUGCUCCUGUAUGUGCGGGUGUAUUUCUGUAUAGGCAGGCAUUGAUUGUUAUAGAGAGCAUGAUCCUCCAUCUGUUUACAUUCUCCCCAAUGGGGCACAUCCUCAGGCCUGUUUACUAGUUGCCAUAUAGAGUAAACAAGCAACUGUGUACACAAACACAGUUUUAUACGCCAAAACAUGUUUGUCAUAUAAAAGCAAUGUUAAAGGUUUACUUUAUUAUUAUGAAUUAAUAUAUUGCUUUUGGGUAUGUAAGCACCAUUUU